UCUGAACGAAUAUAAAUAAAACAAAUAUGCUUAGUUACCUCAUAGAUCCUCAGCACAAGUCGUUCAAACUCUCUAGCCAAUUUGCAAAGGCUCAUAAGAUAGUACCAAAAAGUGAAAAUGCUUCUAUUAAAUUUUCUCAGGAUGUUAAUGAGCCUUCAGAGGCUCACAUCCUCAACUUGGAGAGGGUGAGUUCACGAAGUUAUCACCAUGACGAAUCUGAAUCCGGAAUAUCUGGUCUAGAACAUGAGUCUUCACACCAGAAGAUCCAUUUUACAGUUGUAAAAGAAGGCCAAGAAGAUUAUUCUGAACAAAAUCUUCCAGAUCCAUUCGAGAUUCACCUAGGUUUGGACUCUCACCCAGAAAUGCCAAAUCUGGACAGAUUUUCUGCUGGAGAUCAGCACGAUUUGGUUGGGUUCGACCUGCUUGAGGUCGAACCUCAACCGGAUCUGAAUAUGAAGUAUCAAGGUAUAAGUGACAUUCAAGAAAUCACACCUUACCUUGAGCUUGACCCAAAGCUUCAAAAAUUUGAAACGAAGGAUGACGGUUUGAACGUCUGCUCUUCAGAAGAUCAUGAAUAUGGAUCAUUAUCUCAAAGACGUUGAGCGAUCGUUAAGAAAUGUAUCGAGGAUCCUCGUUCCAUAGCGUUCGAUGAUUACCGAAAUCUCAACCACCUCAAUCAAGUUCAAGGACUUUCAUUUCUCUCUCUUGGUCUUGGAGCUCUAAUUCCUCUCUGGGCUUCAAAGACCAAGAGAAAGUUCAGGUCAAGGAACUCAAAGAUCUGGGCUGGGCUGGUCACAGCCCAGAUUUUCUGUCUUGGCCUGCACAUCUUCUAUAGUGACAAGAAUAGGAAAUUUGUGAACCAUUUGGACAAAAAUUAUUUUGCCAAUGCUACUCUCAAACAAAUUUCUCAGACUUCUAAAGUCUAAAUUUCUUCAAUCUUCUUGUUAAACACUCA